AUGGUUGACGAUACUAUUUCCGCAAUUACUCUAAUGAUCCAGCGGGAUAUUAGGGAAAAAAGCGUGUUGAUUGAAUAUGAAGUAGACCGAACAACGCUGCAAUCACUGCAAGUACGAUUUGCCUCGGAAGAUGCUUUCAAGAAUGUGCGCUGUCUUCAGAGAAAAGACGGAAAAUUGGAGAUUCACCGAGUCGAUAACGGCGGCUGUCUUGAGUUUGGCACUAAAACAGAGAAGCUGCUAGGGCCCAUGCAAUGCGAACAGAAGCAGCCUGUGAAUGAGCGAUUCAUCCGAAAUGAGACGGCUUUCGACUUCUGCAAUAUUAACCUUUUGCUCGAAAAUACGACCCAGGCUCACGGAGCCGUGCCUCCUGCUUCGGGCGAGGAUGCGGCAACAGCUUUACAGCGUGCGCAACUACCUAUAUCGUGCUGUCGGAACGAUAUCCUCAGUUGGUUGGCCGGUGCGGAUCCCGUGGCGAUUGUCACGGGUGCCAUUGAUGUCAAUCGAAGCGUGCAGACGAUCCAGUACAUCCUGGAGGAUUGCUCGACCGGCAAUAAAGUGUGCCGUGGGCUGUGCGUACUGUCCAGCGAACAGGAAGUUGCGAUCAUCGUUAAGCAGAUCUGCCAAGAGCGCAAGGAGCAGAUUGGCAAAGCCGUAGGAUACGAUGUUACCUUCAGUCAUCAACUGAGCGAAAUCACAAAUAUUGUCAUUUGCUCCACACAAACUUUCCUGGCCCAUCUCAUGGCACCGAACGGGAAAACCUUUUUCGGCAUGUUAACCCACCUGAUCUUGGAUGACGUAGGACACGUUGCGAUCGUCGAAUCGUUACUGGCGUUGGGUGCUAACCCGUAUUUGAAGGGUAAAUGCCAGUCGGAGUUAGUGCACUGGUGCUUCACUCAGGCGGAUGCAGCGUGUCUGUCGAUAAUCAACAAACACUAUGAUCAGUACCGUAGCCAACCUGUAGAAUGGCGCUACGAGUAUGCUUUUCUGUGGAUGUAUCAACGUCUACAUAAUCCGUACGCUGUGGAUAAUCAGCUGGUGGUCAACAUUGUGCAGCACAUUUACGAAAACCUUCCUGGUGGCAUUAUUCUUAUUAUGAUGCCGGAAUUUACGGACAUCAUGGGAUGCUAUGACCUUCUGCUAAAGACAACCAGAUUGAACCUACCAACAAACUCGUUCGUUCUGUUGCAUCGGUUUGUCGCAGAGGAUGAAAUCGCCCUAGAAGUGGAGCGGAUCGGUGCGGCCGCUUUUCAGAUCAUUUUACUCGAGGAUUGUAUGUUCGGUGCUAUGCCGAAGGUUGGAAACAUCCACUAUGUUAUCGAUACCGGUCUGACAGCUUACCGUGCCUAUAAUGCAUCCGAUGGCUCAUACAAUCCACACUCAAGACAACUGAUAACAACGAAAACGGCCAAAGUGCGAAGUGCCAUAGCGCAACGUGGGUGCUUCCAUCUGUACAGCAUACAGCAGGAAAUGUGCUGUAUGAAUGAAAAGGAACAGAAGAGUCGCAACUGUCCUCCAAUGUCUGAAUUGCUUCUAAAGUUUCUACUAUGCCAAUCAUCCUCGUCCGAUGUUUCGUUCUUGGAGAGAGCACUUCCAGGUACGCUAGAUCUGAAGAUACCUGGAUUCUUGGAACACCUGCAGCAAAUCGGUGCCAUUUGCACUAGGGACCUAGCACCCACCAAUUUGGGAUUACUGUUGGCCAACCUCUGCAACAGUGCGGUGCUGGGCAAAGCCCUACUAUACGCCAUUAUGUUUCGGUGUAUCGAUCCGGUGCUAACAAUAGUAGCCUCCGUUCUGGUGGGUGACCCGUUCAUUGAACCCAGAAAUGAGACAGAAUGCAAGCGUAUCGCUAGUAUUAAAGCCGCCUGCGAUCGCCAUUCGCUCAGUGAUUUCUACGUGUUGCUGCGCUUAUUCCAAGAUUGGAACGCGGCCAAGGUGGCUCUGGAUGAUGGGUCAAUGAUUGAGCAGUACUGCCUGAAGCUAGGCGCGAUGGAAGCGAUCAGCAAUCUACGCACUCGGCUAAUGUCACACCUGCGUGCACUCAACAUUGUGACCGUGGGUCGGUCGGUUAACGUGCAUCAGUUGAAUGAACGCUCCUCGCAAUGGAGCACCAUCAAAGGUUGCCUGGCGGCCGGUCUAUAUCCAAAUCUGGUAAAAAUGGACUAUGAAAAGAUGGCGCUGGUAAGCUGCGGCGAGCCAGACCCACUCGAGCUGCAUCCGGCGUCCGUUGUGAAGGUGAAGGAGCUUGCAUCACACUGGAUAAUUGGCACUGAUGUGCGGUGUUGA